AUGCCUGCAAGCGGUGGCGCCGUGCCCAGUUAUCCUCGCGAAGAGUCCAAGACGAGCACGGGUACAACGCUCCCCCCACUGUCCGGCAUGGAGAUUGGAAAUAUUGGGCGCGCCAGGAGCGUACACGUCCCGGACGGCUUUGGCAGUGCAUUCUCGUCACAUCGUCAGACGCAGUCAAGCCGGAGCGAUUCCCAUCCCGACACGGCCUCCCAGCGCUGGGACAUCCUAAACCCGACUACCGAAGAUGACAACCACGAGGAGUUCUUCUUGUGGGGCACGGCGCCCGGUCUUGUUGGGCACCGGCGGAGGAUUAGCAAGCUGCUUCGGUCGUGCUUUACGGGCAGGCGACCGCAACCCCGCGGCCAGAAAUAUCAGGCGGACAAGAUCGAUCGGCCGUACGACCCGGCCGACUGCGAGGUGCUCCCGGCCUACAGGGAAUCGAGCGACGAGUACGACUCCGAGACCUGGGAGGAGAUCCAGCAGGAGCAGAUCGAGCCCGCGCGAGCUUGUGCCCCAGACAACGCGCCCCUGUCCGAGGAAGAGGUCGGAAGCAUACUCGACUCCUGCGUCAAGGCGUACCAGGCGGACUGGUACCACGAUAAGCUACCCAAUCUAAAGAGCUUGGCACAGCUCGCGCCGUCGUCCACGCAAGCACAGCGCCUCCUCCACCAGGAACACGACCACCCGGUCCACAUAAUCGCCCAGCUUCGACGCAAUCUAUUUGCUCCCAGAGCCCCCUGGACCCGCGUGGCGAGGCUGGUGGAGGCCGCCGUCGUCCUGCGACCUAGCGUCAGGGACUUGCUCAAGGUCGAGUGGCGGCUGGGCUACCCCCAGCCGCCGUCGCCCGCGAGCGCCUGCGACAGCCUGUGUGCUGCCGGCGACGAACACGAUCAGGACGGCGAGGAGAUAGAGAGCGACUUGGAGGACUGCGACUGCAGACGAAGGCCCGCCGCCCCAGGGAGCGCCCGCGCACCCACGCCCGACGGCCCGCCAUCGCCCCCGCGCCCCCGUGCCCUGCCUAGACCCGACCCCAUGGUGAUCGACUUGACGGGCGACAGCGACGAGGAGGCCCCCCCCCGCCCCUAG